CCGCCCCCCCCGCGCCCCCCAAGCGCCGCCCGGGUGUGGGGGUCCCCGGGGGGGUCCGGGGGGCCCGACCCCGCCAGCGCUACGUGGAGAAGGACGGGCGGUGCAACGUCCAGCACGGGAACGUGCGCGAGACCUACCGGUACCUCACCGACCUCUUCACCACCCUGGUGGACCUCCAGUGGCGCUUCAGCCUCCUCAUCUUCAUCCUGGCCUACGCCCUGACCUGGCUCUUCUUCGGCCUCGUCUGGUGGGUCAUCGCCUACAGCCGGGGGGACCUGGAGCACCUGGGGGACCGCGCGUGGACCCCCUGCGUCAACAACCUCAACGGCUUCGUGGCCGCCUUCCUGUUCUCCAUCGAGACCGAGACCACCAUCGGCUACGGGCACCGCGUCAUCACCGACUCCUGCCCCGAGGGCAUCGUCCUGCUGCUGCUGCAGGCCAUCCUGGGCUCCAUGGUGAACGCCUUCAUGGUGGGCUGCAUGUUCGUGAAGAUCUCGCAGCCCACCAAGCGGGCCGAGACCCUGGUGUUCUCCUCGCACGCCGUGGUCUCGCUGCGCGACGACCGCCUGUGCCUCAUGUUCCGCGUGGGCGACCUGCGCGACUCCCACAUCGUCGAGGCCUCCAUCCGGGCCAAGCUCAUCCAGUCCAAGCAGACCCGCGAGGGCGAGUUCAUCCCCCUGGACCAGACCGACCUGAGCGUGGGCUUCGAGACGGGCGACGACCGGCUCUUCCUCGUGUCGCCCCUCGUCAUCAGCCACGAGAUCGACGAGCGCAGCCCCUUCUGGGACGUCUCGCGGGGGCAGCUGGAGCGGGACGACUUCGAGAUCGUCGUCAUCCUCGAGGGGAUGGUGGAGGCCACAGGGAUGACGUGCCAGGCACAGACCUCGUACCUGGCGGACGAGGUGCUGUGGGGUCAGGGUGCCCCAAGCCCCGGGUAAUUCAGCCCUUGGGGUGCCCCAAGCUGGGGUACAG